AUGAUCUCGCUCGUAUGCGAGUCUCUGUUGCCGAAAGCGUUGGCGAGAUCGUUCUACAGCUCUGCAGUUCUAUAAACAGGCCUCAGUAUUUGCCGAAAAUGCCAACAAGGACUGAGCUAUCCAAUGUAUUCGAUUCCAAUCUUUCUGACUGCCAGCCCUACUUGUUCAAAGUGUGUCGCGUACCUAUCCGACCAGAAACGACGUCACAAUCUGGUCUCACCGGCAUGCGCAGGUACAUUCGUGACCUGAUGAUCAACUAG